CAGUUCAUUUCGAUCGGUCGUCGCAGCAGGUUCGCGAGUUCGAGCAGCGGCGCAAAGCGAGACAAAAGAGCAGCGUUCCAAGUCUUCGGCCCCCAGUCGCUGAAGCCGAGGGCGGCGCAGAAAACUUGGCUCCUUGUUUUUCAAGAAACCACAAAUAAAAGGGCGCGCGAGUGAGAUCCUAAGCGAACUAGUUUUAGAUUGCGCAAUUUCAAUCGACAAUAUCGCAAAAAGCAACUGUUUAAGUGCCCGCCGCCGAGUGAAAUUGGAUAGAUAGUAAAGGCAAAACGCAAAGCCGAACGACGAUCGGCGGCUCUGAGAAGCCGUUUUAAAACACAAAUACGAAAAAAUAUACUGAAAAACAGCUAUAAACAACGAAAACAACAGACCAACAUGGCGACCGCCGCCUGCGUCCGCUGCGCCCAACAACAACAACAGAAGCAACAACAACAACAGAAGCAACAACAACAACAUGAGGCGCAUGCGCAGCAGCAGCAGCGACGCAACAGCCCGCGGAUUCUGCACAUUUACUGCGCGUGGGCGUUGAUCACCCUGUUGGCCGCCAGUGCCGCCAUGGUCCAAAGUGCAGCAGUAUUCGGCGAUCUGCUGUCCCAUCCUACUUUCAAGCCACUAUGCAGCGCUCAGCACGAGCAUUUCAUCGAGAGCGAUGGCAAAGAAUCUAGUCUCAUCAUCGAACUGAAGCCGGGACUCUAUGGGGCGGAUCACGCCUCCUGUUCCCGCAUCCUGAGUGCCCCGCCCAACUAUGGCUUCAUAGUGCGCCUCAUCCUGCCAAAGCUGCCGCACGGCCAGCCGCUGGAUGCGGCCACCACCAGAAGUACGCCCACGAACAUUAUGGCUGCCGCAGCCGGAGGCAACAACUCACCCGAACUACGGCGCACUGCCAAGUCGGGCGAAUUGACUACUAACUCCUCGGAGCCACUCAACACGACGAGGGUCAUCGUCUCAUCGGCGCCUUCGCGGGUGUUGGGACGCACCUGCCCUCUGAACAUAUUUAGCUCGCUCGAUCCGCACACGGCCCAGUGGCGAGUGGAUCCCUGCCAGCUGGAGGACACCGCCUCCGAGAUGGAGGAUCCGGUGAGGCUCUUCCAUGGCCGCGUCAAGAUCGUCUGGGAGCAUGGCCAGCACGCCCUUCGAUCCAAGCUGAUGGUCACGGUGCUGGGCAAGGGCGAGCAGUGCAAGGAUGGCAGCAAGCACCAGUGCUUGAAGAUCGGUGAUGAGCCCAUUCUGUGCAUCUCCAAGGAACUGUCUUGCGACGGGAUCCGCCAUUGUCCGUACAGCAACGAGUACGACAGCGAUGAGGACUACGAGCUGUGCUCGAAGCACCGUCGCCCGGGUGCCGGUAAACUGGCCGCCGGCCUGGAGUCGGAUCUAUUCGAGCAGUUUGCCUUGGAAGUGUUUCGCAAUCUGUUCGCCAACGAUGCUCCAACGGCACCAGAGGAUCUGCCGCGCAACGGAAGCGAUGGAGCCGUAGGUUUGGACAAUUCAACGGCCACCUCGACGACCACGCUGCGCAAAGUGCAAACCAAAGAUAUGAAGAAACCCGGUGGCGAUGGGUCACCGUUCUUAAUUGACCCCAAAAUGCUCACGGAAGGGGAUCAGCAGAGGCCGGAUAACGAUACGACUGAAAUGGGAUUGGGCACUGGAGCUGGCAGCGGCUUCACUCGCAGGAACUCAACGCGCUCCGGCCUGCACUCGGAUCUAUCGAAGUACGGCCCGUGGGGCUACCUGAUGCUCGGCAUGCUCCUGUGCGGUGGGGCACUGCUCAUCUGCGGCCUCUGGGUUCUGUGUUGUCGCUUGAGCUCUCACAUUGAAUCCAUCCGUUCCCUUGCAGCCUCCGCAUCACAGCAUGCGGUCAACAACGAGCGGGAGGCGGCGCUGGCCGCUGCCAAUGGAGGAGGAAAUGGUGGCGGGGACCACCUGGGAGCCACCUCGCCGCCCAACUAUGAGGAGCUGGAUCCGCCGCCGGCCUACUCGGUGCUCUUUCCUAACCAAAAGGCCGCCAGUAGCACCACACUGAACCUGGAUGCCACGGCGGCCAGCACAACAGCAGCUGCAGCAGCAGCGGCUGCCGCAGCAGCAACAGCCGCAGCAGCCACUGCAGCAGCAACAGCGCUGGCAGGAGCAACCCCCAGCGAUUCCGCGCAGCAACAUCAGCAACAGGAACAGCCAACAAACUAGCCCGUAAGCCUGACAAGAAGGUAUCGCACCUGGAAAACGUAGAUCUUAAGGUCCCAACAUCUCUCUGACUGACUCUGAUGCAAUUAGCUUUUAACCAAUUUAGUGAUAGCUUUAAGUGUGACUUUAUGUUAAAUGUUUGACUAUGUAUAUGUAUGCUAACGAUUUACGAGAUACCAUUCCCAGCCGUCCUGUCAACGCCACUGACGCCUUCGCCAGACGGCAGAACCAAUUUGCUUCCGAUAAUUGAAAAUGUUAUAACAAUGAUGAUUGUAAAGGAAAAACUGCAGCUGCAGCAGCAUUAACUGACGAAUCGACUAACUUUUGUAAUUCUGUUAAUUUAAAAUUUAAUGUGAUAUAAAUUUAAAACUGAAUAAAAAGCAAUGUGUGUAAGUAGC